GCCGUACACCCCACCUAAUCCCCUACCGAUCUAGGGUUAGUGCAGUGCUGAUGGGAAGCGCCGCCACCACUUCGCCCACUACUCUUUGCCAUCACCGGCCACCGUCACCAUGGCCGGCACCGGUGGCUCCUCGAGCCACAAGGAGAAGCACGAGGUACAAGACUGCCUACCACUUCCGGCCUCCCAGGAACUGGAUCAAUGAUCCAUGUGGACUAAUGUACUACAAAGGCAUCUACCAUAAUUUCUACCAGUAUAACUCCCACUGCGCCCUCUGGUGUUGGGGUGACAUAACUUGGGGCCAUUCGGUUUCGACAGACCUUGUCAACUGGAUCCAGCUUGAACCCGUGAUAGAACCGGAUAACCCUAGUGACAUAGACGGCUGCUGGACCGGUUCAGCCACAAUUCUAUCUGGUGGUCAACCGGUCAUCUUAUACACCGGUGGUAGCAGAGACAAGUGUCAGGUCCCAAACCUUGUGCUUCCCAAGAACCCGUCUGACCCGUACCUGAGAGAAUGGACCAAAACCGGCAAUAACCCAGUGAUCCAGCCGGUAGUACCGGGUUUGAACAGAAGCCAAUUCAGGGAUCCGACGACCGGUUGGAUCGGACCAGAUGGACUGUGGAGAAUAGCAGUAGGUGCCUGUUAGAAUUAAUGGGCUAGGCCCAUAGCAAUUUCUGAAAUCUCAAAGCCCAUGUGUAAAAUGGCAAGUGGUGGUGCUAAGUUUAGUCCCACCUUGGAA